AUGUCGGUCUCAGUGUCCUAUUUUAUUCUCUUGGGGAUCUUGGGGUUCUGGGUUUUCUUUGGUCCGGGAAUCCAUGGAAACUACUCUGACUCGCAACGUAGUGCAUAUGCUCCAGGGGACAUCAUGAUCGGGUUCCUAAGUUCAGUACACUCUCAAGUGGAUAAUACGCAAACAGAGAGACGUCCUGGAUUGUUCACUUGCAGUGAUUUUGAUCUGCUACCUUUCGUUCGGUCCCUGGCAGCCAUUCAUACCAUUGAAGAGAUUAAUAAUUCUAGCUUUCUUCCUGGGAUUCAACUUGGAUACAUAGUGUGUGAUCCGUGCUCUGAUGCCACCAAAGCCUUGCAUUGUGUGGAACAUUUGCUUGCAAUCAAUGGCUCUUUACCUGUACUGGGUGACUACUCAAACUUCAGUCCACCAGUUAAGGCUAUAAUUGGUGCAAGGUACUCGGAAGUGUCUGUUCCUGUGGCCAAGCUGCUUAGUGUAUACCUGUUUCCUCAGGUCAGUACCACAUCAUCUGUGACAAUACUGAGUGACAAGUUCCGUUACCCAUCCUUCAUGCGUGUCAUUCCAAAUGACACUUACCAGACUAAAGCGCUGGCCAAACUCAUGACCCGCUUUGAGUGGGACUGGGUUGGGGUCGUGUCUGGAGAUGAUGACUAUGGCAAGGCUGCACUCCAGGGCUUCCUGUUGGAUGCUGAGGAGGAAGAAAUCUGCAUAGCCUACCAGGAGGUGGUACCACACUAUCUAGACCACACUCAUGUUGAGCAGCGCAUUAAGGAUGUGGCUGCCCGUAUCCGCUCCUCCAAUGCAACAGUGGUGUUGCUGAUCCUAAAAGCAGAGCUUGUGGAAAUGCUCUUUGACGAAAUGAUCCGAACUAACACCACUAGAGUUUGGAUUGCGAGUGACACUUGGUCCAUGAGUCGCCCUUUGACGAAGAUGAAGGAUAUAAACAAAGUGGGGGAUAUAUUUGGUUUUACAUUUGUCACUGGGCAAAUCCCGAAGUUUGAAGAGUAUCUGAGGUAUCUGAGACCAACCCCCGGGACUAUGAACAAAUUUAUCGCCAAGUACAAGCAGCUGAGGUUCAACUGCACCUCUGAUGUUCAGACAGAGUACAAAUCCCCAGUGGCCUGCAAUGCGUCUGACCCACAACAAGCUAAUGAUGACUUCCUGAUCAGAGAAGUUGACCUGACAGAGACUUACAGUGAGAGAGUAGCUGUGUGGGCCAUAGCUCAUGGGAUUAAAAACUUGCUGAGGUGUAAUAAUAAUGACUGCCCUGGGGACAAAAAUUUCCCACCAUGGAAGCUUUUGAAGAAAAUUCGAGAGGUUAAUUUUCCACUCGAUGGUCAGCAGUAUUCUUUUGACCCAAAUGGUGAUUUUGAAGAUGGUUAUGACCUCAUAAUGUGGGGAAAGAAUGGUGACCGUAGAAAGUUUAUUCUGGCAGGAAGAUACCGAAUAAAAGAGGGAGAUGUAAAAAUUGAUAAUGACAAAAUCCACUGGGACUCAGGAACCAACAACACAGUGCCAAGGUCUAAAUGUUCAGAUUCAUGUGCUGCAGGGACUAAGAAAGUAUUCUACGAAAUUGCUUGUUGCUACUACUGUGCCGAGUGUCUGGAGGGAACCUUCUCCAACAAAAGUGAUCAAAAUGAGUGCCAGAAAUGUCCCAAUGGUACUUGGUCACUACAGGGCUGGACCAAAUGUGAACCAAGGGAGGAGACAUUCCUGAAGUGGUCUGAUCCCUAUUCCAUUGUGUCAAUGGUCGGGGCAGCGCUAGGCAUCCUGCUGACACUGACCACUGUCAUCAUUUUCACAACACACAAGGGAAACUCCUUUAUUGAUAGCACUCAUAUUAAAAUGUCAUGUUUGAUGUCACUAGGACUGAUGGUAAGUUUUGGAAGUGUAGUCACUUUUAUAGAUAGACCAAAUGUCCACGUCUGUAGAGCUCAGCAGGUCAUGUAUGGUCUUGGUUUUACAUUCUGUGUCUCAAGCAUUCUGGUCAAAGCCUUGCACACAUUCCAAGCCCUCACUGCCACUGAUCCAAACAGAAGGUCUAGGCUGAACGACCAUAAAAUGCCCUACCUCACUGUGAUCCUCUCCACAACUCCCCAGGCCCUGAUUUCUCUGUUCUGGCUGAUCUUUGCCUCUCCUAAUGUUGCUGUGGAGAAACCUACCUCUGAAAUGAACACUUAUCUGUUCUGUGAUGUAGGAUCCUACGCUGCUUUUGGUGUGAUGCACAGCUACAUCGCUCUUCUGGCUCUUGUGUCUUUCAUCGUUUCAUUUCGUCUUUUUCUGCUCUUCCAACGUAAGAAGGUCAGACCUGAGUACAGCGAGACAAGUAAUAUAAUCUUCAGCAUGCUCAUUCACUUGUUUGUGUGGCUUUGUUUCAUUCCCAUCUACAUCACACAACGUGAGCAACAAUCUAUUGUUCAGGUAUCUGCCAUUUUGGUUUCAAACUAUGGCAUAGUUUUUUGCCACUUUAUUCCAAAGUGCUACGAGGUCCUGUCAGAAAACAGAAAGAAAGAAGACAAUUCAGAAGGAGGCAAUAAUGAAACCACCACUGAGGAGUCUGUAGCACCACCUGAAACCCCAGAUUCAGGAUUCUCCCCUGGCAAUGAGCCUUCAGUGAAUUCAGUGUCCAGUACAUCCUCAGAAUCCAUCAUCCUUGGUGUGGCCAUAACUUUCACUUUUGCUUCUGUGUUAGGGUAA